AUGAGUAAAUCUGAAGAAUACGCCCUGAAAGAACUUCUUAACGACGAUGAAAUUGUCAUUCGGCCUGCUGAUAAAGGUUCUGGUAUAGUCGUAAUGGAUAGCACAGAUUACAUACAAAAAUUAAAAGGUGAAAUUUCCGAUAGCGACACAUAUGCGGAAGUUGCCGACGACAAAACAAAAUCAGUGCAAAACAAGGUAAAAAAGGUGGUAGACAACCUGUACAAAAGAGGUUCCAUAGACAGUGAUCUCCGACAAUACAUGACAGGGAACGAUGGCACUUCCGGUAAGCUUCAAGGGAACCCGAAGUUACAUAAGCCAGGAAUGCCGUUACGCACCAUUGUGAAUGGUAGAAGCCACCCGACAGAGAAAAUGGCGGAAAUUGUUGAGGACCAGUUGCGAAGCCAUGUGACGUCACUUCCGUCGUUUGUAAGAGACACUAUGGACUUCUUAAACAAAAUACAAAAAAUAAAACAACCUCUUCCGGAAGGUAGGCUAAUAUUCUGUUUAGAUGUGAAGGCCCUACAUCCAAGUGUCCCGAGAGAUGAGGCCCGUGCUGCUGCUAUAGACGCUUUAAACAGGCGAACGGACCCGGAAAUUCCUACAGAGGACGUCAUCGUGAUGAUGGACACUGUGUUUGAAAACAACACCUUCUCAUUCAACGACGAACACUUUAUACAGACAGAAGGGACGGCUAUUGGCUCACGCCUCGGGCUGAACUAUGCAUCAAUGUACAUGGGUGCUUGGGAAGAGGAACUGUUCCGGCGGUCAGAAAAGCAACCACUCGCAUACUUCCAGUUUGUGGAUGAUGUGGUGAGUUUCUGGCUCACAGUAAAUUCAAGGAAACGGGGAUCCGGUGCCGACAUAGGAGGUGGCAUCAACUUCGAUGGGAAGAUGUACAGAAGCCGGGAGGAAAUAACGGAGUAA